GUAUACGUCAAUAUCAUUUUUUGACAUUUGAUCGGUAAAAUCUAUCGUUUCAUUUCUGAAUUGAAUAUUUAACCAUUUUUUGUAAGUCGUUUUGAUUUUUGGUGUCUAUAUAAAGAACAAUGGUAUUCUAUUUUGUAAGCGAAGUUGUAACGCCAUCGUAUACACUGUUUAUGGGAGCAGAAAAAUAUGAAAAUGAAGAUCUAAUAAAAUGGGGAUGGCCAGAGGAUGUUUGGUUCCAUGUAGACAAGGUAUCAUCAGCUCACGUUUAUUUACGUCUUCAGCCGGGUCAAACAAUUGAUGAUAUUCCAUCAGCUGUAAUUGAAGAUGCUGCUCAGCUAGUGAAAGCAAAUAGUAUUAAUGGCUGUAAAAUGAAUAACAUCGAUAUUGUGUACACAAUGUGGGACAAUUUGAAAAAAACUCCAGCAAUGGAAGUAGGUCAAGUGUCAUUUCAUCGUGAUAAAGAUGUGCGUAAGAUUCGUGUUGAAAAACGGAUAAAUGAUAUUGUUAAUCGGCUCAAUAAAACGAAAACCGAAAGUCACCCAGAUUUUCGAGCUGAAAGAGAAAAACGAGAUGCCAAGGAACGUGAAGGUCAAAAGCAAAUUCUACGAGAGCAAAAAGAAAAGGCUAAAGAGGAUGAGCGCCGGCGAAAAGAAGAAGCUGAAUUACGAAGCUACUCUAGCCUUCAGGCCAGUGAAAAAAUGCAAUCCAACUAUGACGAUGGCAACGAUUCAGAUGAUUUUAUGUAAAUUUAUUGUUUUUGAAAAACAAAAACUAUAAAAUAAAUAAACUGUAAAGGAUUUUUUUU